ACGCCUUGCGGGACCAAUAGGAAGCCACUUCACAAAGAACCACCCAAUCAUGUCCCGUAGUAGAAUGAUAGGCGGGACAACAAUAGGUCAUACAUGUUCCUGGUUCGUGAACGUCUCUGGUCGUUUCCUGCACUGUUGCAUGGUGGUCGAACACGAGGAAUUGUUGGAAAUUUUCAGAGCUGCAGCAUGCUCUUGGCCCAGAUCAACCGGGACUCCCAGGGAAUGUCCGAGUUUCAUGAUGCGGACGGGCAGCCGGUCACACUCUGUCUGACGGAGGCUGUGACAGUGGCAGAUGGUGAUCAGAUGGAGAACAUGGACACAGUGAGCCUGCAGGCUGUCACUCUUGCAGAUGGUUCCACUGCGUACAUCCAGCAUGAGUCCAAAGCUUCCUUCUCUGAUGGACAGAUCAUGGACGGUCAGGUGAUCCAGCUGGAGGAUGGCUCUGCUGCCUACGUCCACCAUGUGUCCAUGCCUAAAACAGGAGGGGAGAGUUUACAGCUCGAAGACGGCCAGGCUGUCCAGUUAGAAGAUGGUACAACUGCCUACAUUCACACUCCCAAAGAAACGUACGACCAGAGCGGCUUGCAGGAGGUCCAGCUAGAGGAUGGAAGCACCGCCUACAUCCAGCACACGGUGCACAUGCCGCCGCCCAACACCAUCCUGGCCAUCCAGGCUGACGGCACCAUCGCAGACCUGCAGGCCGACGCCGCGGCUAUCGACCCAGAAACCAUCAGUGUGCUUGAACACUACGGCACCAAGGUGGAGAACGUGGAAAAUCCCUUGGGGUCGUUUGGCAGAGUGGAAGCAGACAGCGGUGUCCACAUGAGGAUUGUGCUGCAGGGCCAAGACAACAGGCAACCAAGAGUGACAAAUGUUGGAGAAAAAUCUUUCCGCUGCGACUACGAAGGCUGUGGCAAGCUCUACACCACUGCCCACCACCUCAAGGUACACGAGCGCUCGCACACUGGUGAUAAACCGUACGUCUGCGAAUAUCGGGGCUGCGGAAAGAAGUUUGCAACAGGUUACGGACUGAAGAGUCACUCGCGGACGCAUACAGGGGAAAAGCCAUACAGAUGUCAGGAGAUGAACUGCUGCAAGUCCUUUAAAACCUCCGGAGACCUUCAGAAACACACGAGGACUCACACAGGGGAGAAGCCCUUCAAGUGCCCAGUGGAAGGCUGCGGCCGCUCCUUCACCACGUCCAACAUCCGCAAGGUUCACAUACGGACGCACACGGGGGAGCGGCCGUACUACUGCUCCGAGCCCAGCUGCGGCCGCUCCUUCGCCAGCGCCACCAAUUACAAGAACCACAUGAGGAUCCAUACAGGAGAGAAGCCGUACGUUUGCACUGUGCCCGGGUGUGAAAAGCGUUUCACCGAAUACUCCAGCCUGUACAAGCACCAUGUGGUUCACACGCCCUGCAAGCCCUACAACUGCAACCACUGCGGCAAGACCUACAAGCAGAUCUCCACGCUCGCCAUGCACAAACGCACCACGCACAACGACUCCGAGCCCAUCGAGGAGGAGCAGGAGGCCUACUUCGAGCCACCGGCAGACGCCAUCGACGACCCAAACGUGAGCUACACACCGGCCGUGGUGGACACGGACGACUCGGAACCGAUCCCAGUGGACUCCUCGGACAUGUCCGGUCAGCCGCAGGUCGCAUUGGUAACGCAGGAAGAUGGAACACAACAGGUCAGCAUCUCUGAAGCAGACCUGCAAGCGAUGGGUGGCACAAUCACCAUGGUCACCCAAGAAGGCACCACCAUAACCAUCCCAGCGCACGAACUGGCAACGCAAGGCGCACAUUCGGUUACCAUGGUGGCGACCGACGGCUCUGACGAACAGGUGGCCAUCAUGACACCCGACAUGGCGUCGUUCCAAACCGUGGAGGAAGCAAACUACAGCCAGGACCAAGAGGAUCUCCAUCCGGUCACGUUACUGGCCACGCCCAACGGCACUCACAUCGCCGUUCAGCUGAGCGAUCAGCCUUCUCUGGAAGAAGCCAUUAGAAUAGCCUCCAGGAUACAGCAAGGAGAAACCCCCGGCCUGGACGACUGAUUGGCUGACGACUCCGCAUGGACAAUGAAUGAAGACCAAGACCAUUUUUUCAAAUGGACUAUAUAUGUCUAUAUACAGAUAUGCAUAUUUGGGAGAAAUCAUGUCUUCCCCAUUCUGUUUUCACAACUGAACUCUGCUUUUACGUGUAAAUAGGAUUUUGAUAACUGAAGCUGCGUCACGCUAUUUUGUCUCUCUCGCGGAAAAAUGGAAGAGGGAAUUAAUGCUUUCUAAUGUCGCUGAAUGCACAGUGCAGUGUACAGAAAAUGCUAUUUCUAAAAUAAAUAAACAAAAAUUAAAGAUUGCCUGGA